CUCAGUUUGGUAAAGGUGCCAUUCUUUCUAUAAUUAUAACAGAUUCCGUUCCUAUAUGCCUACUGGAUGAGAAUUCUAAAUUUAGAACAAGCCACCACUAGAAGCUUGUAAACUAAUCUUUAACUCUAUUUUACUAUAACAAAAUGAAUAUUGAAAUAAAGGAAGUUGGAAAUUGGUAUAAAGAAAAAUGUUUAGGCUCCGGAGGGUUUGGAAUCGUAGAUUUGUGGACAAAUAAAGUAGAAAACACGUCUAUAGCUCUGAAAAUACUGCGUAUCCAAGGCUCAAGUGAUAAAAUUAAAUCUUUGUGUGUCGAGAGAUGGGCUAAAGAAGUUGAAAUAAUGCAAAGACUUUCACACCCGAAUGUUGUUAAAACUAUAACUUUACCAAGUGAAUUAUUAUGUUUGUCGCCUGAGUAUCCUAUUUUAUGCAUGGAAUAUUGUGAAAAAGGUGACCUGAGAAAGGUUUUAAAUGAUCCUGAAAACUGUUCGGGAUUACCCGAGAUCAUCGUUCGAAAAGUGUUAAAAAAUAUUAAAGAUGCUGUCGAAUAUCUUCAUAACGCAAACAUAACUCACCGUGAUUUGAAACCUGAAAACAUUGUAAUGAAAGAAAAUGAGAACAAUGAGGUCGUAUUCAAAUUGAUCGAUCUCGGUUAUGCGAAAGAACUAGAAAAAAAUAGUCUUUGCUCAUCGUUUGUUGGAACCCUGCAGUAUGUUGCACCGGAGUUAUUUACACAAAACUACACAAGUUCUGUUGAUUAUUGGAGUCUAGGACUUGUUUGCCAUGAAAUAAUUACUGGGACCAGACCUUUCUUACCGAACAUGGCUCCUUAUUCAUGGAUGCCUUUGGUGCAGAAAAAAGCAUCAGAUGAUAUAUGUAUAUACCAAAAUGAAGACGAGUCCAUCGAGUAUUGCAAAAGUCUCUCAACACAAAAUCACAUUUCUCAGACACUCAGGUGCGAGCUGGAAGAUUGGUUGAAACUAGCUUUAGAAUGGAAUGGUAAAAGAAGAGGUCGUGACUACAAGAAUCAUUUAAUAAUAUUUUCUCAAUUAGACUUCAUUUUAGCUAAAAAGAUUAUGACAGUGUUCAGUAGCGUCACAUUGGAAGUGCUUUCUUAUGAGGUUGAUGCAUCGACUGCCGUUUCAACUCUGAAGGAGUGGAUCAAACGAGACAUUAAGAUGCCAGUCGCUGAGCAGUUACUGCUAUUACCGACAGGAGAAAAGAUUCCUGAUGAUUCUUUAGCUUGCAAAUUUUGGGAUCAAUCCGAUCAGGUAGCGAUGAUCUACAUGUUCCAUACCAAUGGGUUGGAAGUACCUUAUUACGAGGUGAAGAUUCCCCCACUCGUCCAUGAUAUGAUGGAUAGCCCGAGAACUCCGCACAAGUAUUAUUUUCUUAAGAAGAUGUGGGCAAGCGCUGUCUUCUUUUUGCAAAGAGAAGUAUCCAUUUGCCAGGCUUUCAUGGAAUCAUAUGCUGUGAAGUUGUUAUCUGUGAUCCUGUGCAAUCAGCAAUUGAUAUCCUUAGAACAGAGCGUUAACAAUGAGCUGCAGCAGCUUUUAGCUUACAUGAAAUUUUUUUCAGAAUCGCUCGAUUAUGACAUAAAAUGCUGGGAAAGUGUUGAACUACAAAAUCAAGGGGUUUCUGGACCUGAUGAUUGGAGGAAAGAAGAAGAACAAUGCAAGAAAGAUCUGUCGCAAUUGAAACAGAUUGGAGAAAGGUUAGGUUACAAAAUAGCAACAGUUGGUUCAAAGUUAUCAAAAAUCCAAGCGUUUACGGAUUCCUUUCAAAAUCCUUUAGACCGGCUUAAAAAACUCCUGGAAAUGGCGUAUACUGUUUUUAAGAAUUUACAAAGAAGACCGAAAGAGUUACGAAAUAGCAAAGUUGAAUCGGUAGACCUUUCAAUGGUGAAGAUAAUAAAUAAAAGCAUAACAGAAAGAGACGCAUUCUAUAACGACCAAGCGUUGUCUUAUCAUUUAGAAGAAGUGAAGAGGUUUACGGAAGAGAACCUCAGUAUUUUCUCUCCGCUUAAUACCUUGAAACAACACAUCAACAGGGUCAAGUGUCAACUCCGCAAGAGCCAACUUAAAAGACAAAAGAAUAUUUGGCAGAUGAUGGUAGAUUUAAAACAGAAUGUACCAGAGAAACCAUUCAACUCAACACUGCUUAAACAAGUUAACGGUUAUACAUUUGAUGAAACGACUCAACCCACGCAGAAAAAUGAAACUGCUCUAUCCAGAAGUAAGAGCUUCCAUGACUAUUAUAGAAGAUAUCAUUCCAGCUUAUACCUUUAUAAACAAGGUCUCUACAAAGAUUGUAGCUUUAUGAAUUCUUCAAGUAGCACAAAUAACCAAUGCCAUCAUUUGUAAAAUUUAAAAUAAAAUGAGUAAUGUACAAGUGUAUUGGAUCUUAUUUCAUUCCUGAU